GAUGACGGUAAAACGUACGACCUUUCUUUCUACACAAGCACGUAACCAAAACUCCCUCCGGUGGGUGGACGUUUCCUUCUUCCCGCGAUCCCACUCCCAGGCGCUCCGGGGUACCCACACGCACAGGCGCCGACGGAAGCGUCCCGAUGGGGCGGAGCGGCACAGCGCAGGCGGCCAUGGCGGCGGGCAGCGCUGAGGAGCGACGGCGGCGGUUAGGCCGGCUCUCCGCGUUGUCCGUGUACCGGCGGGCGGCCGGGGCCGGGCAGCCCGAGCGUCCCCGUGCAGGCGGCAAGUGCGCAAAGGCGCGGCAGAGGCGCGGCGGGGCGGGAGGUGGCGGUUCGGAGCCCAAGGCCCGUCCUAAGCCGAGUGCCUCCGCUCCCGUCAGCCGCGGGGAGCGGGCCAAGGCGCCAGCCCACAGCCCUGAAGCGAAGCGGCAGUGCCGAACAACGGAGGGCUUGGGAGAAGGCGGCGGCGGGGUUGGAGGCGGCGGUCCGGAGCCCAAGGCCCCUCCUGAACCGAGUGCUUCCGCUCCCGUCAACCGCGUGGAGCGGGCCAAGGCGCCAGCCCACAGCCCUGAAGCGAAGCGGCAGUGCCGAACAACGGAGGGCUUGGGAGAAGGCGGCGGCGGGGUUGGAGGCGGCGGUCCGGAGCCCAAGGCCCCUCCUGAACCGAGUGCUUCCGCUCCCGUCAACCGCGUGGAGCGGGCCAAGACUCCGGCCCACAGCCCUGAAGCGAAGCGGCAGCGCGGGACAGCGGAGGGCUCGGGAGGAGGCGGCGGCGUGGUGGGGCUGCUGCGGAGGCUGGGGCAGCUGGACGACAGCCGCCAGCGGGCGGCGGAGCUGUUCCGGUGGCUGCUGGCCCCGGUGUCGCCGGCGGAGUUCGUGAGGCGGCACUGGGAGCGGUCGCCGCUGCUGCUGCGGCGGGGCGACCCCGGCUACUACGCGGGGCUUUUCUCCACGGCCGAGUUCGACGCGGCCCUGCGGGCCGGCGGGGUGCACUUCGGGACCCACCUGGACGUGACCAGCUACACCGAGGGGGUGCGGGAGACGCACAACCCGUCUGGCCGGGCACUGCCCGCAGUCGUGUGGGACUUCUACCAGAACGGCUGCUCCCUGAGGCUCCUCAGCCCCCAGGCGUUCUCCGACACCGUCUGGCACUUCCUCUCCAUCCUGCAGGAGCACUUCGGCAGCAUGGUGGGGGCCAACACAUACCUCACACCUCCAGGGACGCAGGGCUUUGCUCCCCACUACGAUGACAUCGAGGCCUUCGUGCUGCAGCUGGAGGGCAAGAAACACUGGCGUGUCUACAGCCCUCGGUGGGACGCUGAAGUGCUGCCCCAGUUCUCCAGUGCGAACCUCACGCAGGCUGAGCUUGGUGAGCCUAUGCUGGAGACAGUGCUGGAGGCUGGGGACCUGCUGUACUUCCCCCGUGGCUUUAUCCACCAGGGCAACUGCCUUCCUGAUGCACACUCCCUCCACAUCACUGUGUCUUCCUACCAGAGGAACUCCUGGGGGGACCUCCUGGAGAAGCUCCUGCCAGCUGCCCUGCACAUGGCCCUGGAGGAGGAUGUGGAGUUCCGGCAAGGGCUUCCCAUGGACUACCUGGGAUACAUGGGGGUUGCCAACUCAGACAAAGUUGAUGCUCGCCGAACAGCCUUUAUGGAGAAGGUACAGAGCAUGAUAAAGAAACUUGUUGACUAUGCACCCAUUGAUGCUGCCGUGGAUCAGAGAGCGAAGUCGUUUCUUCAUGACUGUCUCCCCCCAGUGCUUACACAAAGUGAAAAACUGCAGAGUGUGUAUGGCUUCCCAGCCAGGUGGCAAGAUGGAGGACCCUGCAAUAUUGAUAUUCUGAUAACAAAAGACACAGAAGUCCGUCUCCUCCACCAUGGCAUCAUUAGAUUGUGUAAUGAAGAAGCAGGGGUGAUGCUGUAUUACACAACGGAAAACUCAAGAGUGUAUCACAAGGAAGAACCUAAGUUUCUCGAGCUAGGACCCGAGUAUAUAGACAGCAUUGAAUUUCUCCUGUCUUCCUAUCCAAACUACAUCAGUGUGGAUGCCCUUCCAUGUGAAAUGUUGGAGGACAAGAUAUCUCUAGCCACGCUCCUGUUUGAGAAGGGCAUUCUGACUACAAAGAAGCCUCUGGUACAAAUAUAACUCUUUUUUUUAGCAAAAUAAAUAUGCAUUUGUUUAGAAA